AUGGCAUAUACAGAAAAAAGAGUUUUAGAACUACGAGAGUUGUGUCAAGCCCGAGGUUUACCUACAAGUGGUGUUAAAAGUACGUUGGUGGGUCGCUUAAAAAGUUAUGAUCUUAAGAGAUCAAACGGAAAGCAAGAAAGUAUGAAGUUAGACUACGUGGAAAUUCCCGUUCGCAAAACUUCAACAAAGGAUGGAAGUUUACAGGAUCAACAUGAUACAUCGGAUCCUUCCCAAGAUGUGGUACAAUCACGACCAACAUUACAAACCAUUUUACCAGAAACUCCUAAAUCAUUAACUGAACAAGAUAUUUCAAUAACUGAAGAAACUCAAGAAUUUACAGAUCCAGUGAUAGAACAACACGAUCAAUCUCAAAUAUUACAAUUAUUAUUAUCACCCGAGACAGAAUCACCUAAUCCUAGUACAAUUCCUAUAGUUCAAAUACCAACAAUAUCAACACAAAUGAAUAAUUCUUCACCAGUGUCUAAUACUACAUCACCAUCAACUACAUCAUUAUUUGUGACGUCACCACCAACUCCAACACUACUUGCGACAACACCACCAUCUACAUCAAAACAAUAUGAUACUAGAUCAUAUACGAGAGGAGUAAUGGUAAAUCAAGGUCAUUCAAAUUGUGAUCAAGAUCAUUCUAAUGUUCAAAGGUCAUGGAUCUACAAUGAUGGGGAAAUACCUUUCUGGUUUAGGGAUAUGUACGACACGACUUAUGGUUAUUCAUAUUGGGGUGAAGGAAUUAUGAUUAAUCAAAUCGAAAUAGAAGAAAGCAAUCCAAUAGUGUUGAAGAUAAAAAAUUCCUUAUGUUAA